CGAGCCCUGGAAUACUAUCAAGGACACAGGAGGAACAGGGUCACGCAAAAGUCAUACGGUCCAUGCGUUGAGCUCAAAUCUGCGCAGUCUGCAGUAACCACAGGGUGCAAAAAGGAACACAAAAGUCGCAAUUAAGGAUUUAAGAACAUUAUGCAUUAUAAAAAUGCACCUUGCGAAUGCAAACGUUUUCAGGUCUGGUGUCAGUUUUGAUGGUGUUUGUGUGGCUGGGUGGAAACCAGGUCUCAACCCUCCGACCGAUCUGUGACCUGAGGGUUCUGGACCACUUUGUACGAGAAGCUCGAGAUUCUGAAGUCAUCAUGCGAGGCUGCAGAGGAGGCUGUGGAGUGAUGAAAUCCUACUUUGUUCCUCUGACUAGUGUUGACUUUGCUGUUUGGGAACAUAUAGAUGUUCAUGGACAGGCCAUGGAGGUCCAGACUGGUCUGUCUCUUCUGGAUCAGGCCCUAAAUAAUGCGAUGAAAUCAGUGAGCAACUCUCCUCUGGCCAGUGCACUGGAUAACAACAUCAGUAACAUUCACAGCCUCGGCCAGAUCCUGCACAGUCUUGACUUACAGCAGGCCAGGUCCACAGUUCUUCCAGAUGAUUCAGCUCCUGCCAGCGCACAGACACAGGAGGUCUCCUCUCUCCCAGAACUUCUGCAGGUGCAGAGCAGUUUCCUGCGAGGGAAAGUCAGACUCCUGCUUUCAGCUGCACCAGCCUGCCAACGGCAAAACAGCUGAUGCGAGCUCAGAGGAGCUUGGGAACUGUUUACAGCAGUCACACAUACACAAAAACCGGGACAAGAACACUUGAUUGUGACACAUUACUCGAUCCUAAAUCUUAAAGAGCUUAUGCGUUCCAGGUGUCGCUCCUCUGCAUUCGAAAGCCUGCGGUCAUGUGCAGAGCGAAAACAGCAGUGACACCUUGACUUAUUCAACAAGGCAGAAGAACCUGCAGAGGAACAUUUCAGAGCUCACAAGUGGACUUAUAUCGGUGUUGCGAACAGCUUGUCUGGCUGUAUCCAGCCACCUGGACUACAGUACACCUGAGACACUUUUAUGUAAUUAUAUUUGUAUGUUUUCUACAAAUCCAUGAAUUGUGCUGCUAUUUGUUAGUUUUUAAGCAGGCAGUGUGCUGUCUGUGUACGCGUACUACAGGACACGUCCCUUGCGUAGUUUAACGGCAGGACCAAAGGACUUUUUAGGGUUCAGCAGGGUUUACCACGUGAACACAAUGCUGUAGCAUGAAGUAUGCUUCCAUCUAGAGGACAAAACAGGAAGUUUAAAUGAAACUGUAAGUAUACAGUAGACACAUCAGGACAUCUCCAUGCAAAUAAGGAGACAGGUUGUCAGUAUGUU